AUAGGUCUUGCUGUAUACGUUUCUGUCUUCAUCGCAAAUACAUUCUAUAUCUCCGUCAAUUGGAUUAGGUAGAUUAGGUCAUUUUGAGUCAUGGCUACACCAACGAACAACGACACUUCAAGCAAUGUGCUUGCUCUGAGGACGAAGAGUGGUGUCAAGUUUGGCAAGGAAUUGAGGGAGAAGGAUUUCUUGUUUGGUGAGGGGUACUUGAAUCUGAAUCAUGGCUCCUUCGGCACCUACCCCCUCCCCGUCCGCGAAGCAAUGCGCUCCUACCAAGACCAAGCCGAAGCGCGCCCAGACCAUUUCAUCCGGUACGCGUAUCCCACCCUCCUCGACGAGUCACGAGAAGCCAUAUCCAAGAUCCUCAACGCGCCGUCCGAGACGCUAGUCUUCCUGCCCAACGCCACAACAGGCGUCAACACCGUGCUGCGUAACCUUGUAUUUUCUCCCGGCGAGCACAUCCUGUAUUUCGCCACCAUCUACGGCGCGUGCGAGAAGACGGUGGAUUACAUCACUGAGACGACGCCCGCGAAGAGCGUGAAGAUCGCGUAUACGUAUCCGGUUGAAGAUGACUGGCUGGUCGAGGCGUUUAGGCAGAAGGUUGCUGAGGUGGAGAGGCAGGGUGGGAAGGUCAAGGUUGCUGUGUUUGAUACUGUGGUUAGCAUGCCGGGUGUUCGAGUGCCGUUUGAGGCGUUGACGGCGGCGUGCAGAGAGGCGGGCGUGUUGAGUUGUAUCGACGGGGCGCAUGGAGUAGGCCAUGUCGAGUUGGAUCUCCCGACGUUGGAUCCGGAUUUCUUCGUGAGUAACUGCCACAAAUGGCUCCAUGUCCCCCGCGGCUGCGCAAUCUUCUACGUGCCCGUCCGGAAUCAACAUCUGAUCCGCUCCACGCUACCCACAUCCCAUGGCUUCAUGCCCAAGAACGCAAAGAUUGGUUCUCCAUUCCCGAAAUCCGCUUUCGUGGAAGCCAAGAAAUCGGCGUACGUCAGCAACUUCGAGUUCGUGGGUACCAUAGAUAACGCGCCGUUCUUGUGUCUACCCACCGCACUGAAAUGGCGCGAGGAACUUGGUGGCGAAGAGAAGAUCCGCGAGUACUGUUUCACGCUGGCCAAGCAGGCCGCGCAGCAUGUGGCAGAAGUUUUGAGGACUGAAAUGUUGGAUAACAAGACGGAGACGUUGAGUCAGUGCUGUCUGACGAACGUUCGCCUGCCUAUCUCUGUUGCCAAGGCGAAAGAAGCAGCGGCUAAAGCGGGCCUUGAGAGCGAUGAGGUGGGCUCGUUGGUGCGAGAUUGGGUCAGCAAGACACUGAUUAGCGACUACAACACGUUUGUUCAAACGUUGUUCUAUAAUGGCGCGUGGUGGACGAGGUUGAGCGCGCAGGUGUACCUUGAGAUGGGCGAUUUUGAAUGGGCGGCACAGACGUUGAAGAAUAUCUGCGAGAGGGUAGACAGUGGUGAAUGGGCUGUGGUGGAGAGCAAGCUCUGAAGCCAGAAACUGAUCCGAUAUUGUGAUGGGUUGUUAAUAGACCACGUGUGCAAUACUUUCAGCGCUGAUGAAGCUUGG